GCAACAUUCGGCCAUAAAGUGACACUCUGGGACGGGAAGCAGAACAAACUGUAAGCUGCUGGGGAUCCAUCUUGCUCGGAAAAGAGACGAGGUUGGAGUGAUUUACCAGCUAAGAGUCACAAAAACUGUAUCGUUCCUCGCUGAACGCGCUGGGGAGCCCGAGGAGGGGCUGUGUCGCUGUUUGUAGGAUGUCCCGACAUGAGGGUGUGAGCUGCGAUGCAUGUUUAAAGGGCAACUUUAGAGGACGGAGGUUUAAGUGUCUAAUUUGCUACGACUACGACCUGUGUGCAUCAUGCUACGAGAGCGGGGCCACCACAACACGACACACCACAGAGCACCCCAUGCAGUGUAUAUUAACCAGAGUAGACUAUGAUUUGUAUUACGGAGGAGACACCUUUUCGGUGGAACAACCUCAGUCGUUCACAUGUCCUUAUUGUGGUAAGAUGGGCUUCACGGAGACGUCCUUACAGGAGCAUGUCACCUCAGAGCAUUCGGAGACGUCCACAGAGGUGAUCUGUCCAAUCUGUGCUGCCUUGCCGGGAGGCGAUCCGAACCACGUGACGGACGACUUUACGGCUCACCUCACCCUUGAGCACAGAGCGCCAAGAGAUUUAGACGAGUCCAGUAGCGUUCGGCACGUACGCAGGAUGUUCCACCCAGGGCGAGGAAUCGGCGGCCCCAGAGCUCGACGGACAAAUAUGCACUUUACUAGCGGCUCCACAGGGGGGCUCUCAUCCUCCUCAUCACAGAGCUCCACUUACACCCCCAGUAACAGAGAGACAAUGGACCCAAUCGCAGAGUUGUUGUCUCAGCUGUCCGGCGUGCGGCGGGCUGCUGGGGGCCAGAUAAACUCGUCGGGCCCCUCGGCCUCCCAGCUGCAGCAGCUCCAGAUGCAGCUGCAGCUGGAGCGGCAGCAGGCGCAGGCAGCCCGGCAGCAGGUAGAGGCGGGCCGCCACGCAACUCGUCGUGGCAACAAUCCCGGCAACACGGGCAACUCUAUCCCCCCGCCUAACUCGUCCACCGCCAACACCAGCGCCGUGGGUGAUGGCAAUCCCGCUUCCUCCUCCCAAAGCUCCCAGUUUCUAUUAGCACGUUUGAAUGAACCCAAGAUGUCCGAAGCGGAGCGCCAGUUCCUAGAAGGAGAGCGAGCCGACCGCAGCUUGUUCGUCCAGGAGCUGCUGCUGUCGACGCUGAUGCACGAGGAGAGCUCCUCCUCCGACGAGGACGAGCGCCGAGACUUCGCCGACUUCGGAGCCAUGGGCUGCGUGGACAUCAUGCCUUUAGACGUGGCGCUGGAGAACCUCCAGCUCCGAGAGAGCAGCUCUUCGGGGAGGGAGCCUCCGCCGCCUCCUCUUUGAUGUCCGAGCAUCAAGCAGACUGUGUCCUCUGUGCUGCAACUGUCAGUGAAUGGGGCAGCAGACACGGGCGGUCCUCCCCGGCCCGCCCUCCUCCUUUUCUCUCUCUCUCUCUCUCUCUCUCUCUCUCUCUCUCCAUCUCCCUGUCUCUUUCUCUCUCUCCUCUUCUCUCCCUUCUAUCUCCUCAGUUUGUUUUUGGUGAUUGUAACUUAAGGCCCGUCACCGUAACUUGUUACAUUGUAAACAAAACUAAAAGAGAUCAAUUGGAAUAAAAUGUUCAUAUGGGGAAGGAAGCAAGAGAAGAGAUUUAUAUGAAUAUAAAUAUAUAUAUAUAAAAUAUAUAUAAAGUUGAUAAUCAAUCCACUUCUUUUCUUUAUCAGGUAAGUUCUGCAGGCAGCUUUGCUUCCUGUGCCAUGUGAAGGGCCCUCCAUAUAAAUACUCCACAUUCAGAAGUCAUGAGAACACAAGUCCCCUCCGAUGAAGCUGCUGUGUGUGUUUAAUGAUCAUUAAUAAAUAAAAAGUGCUUGGAUGGGUUACCAUAACUUUACCGCAUGCAGUUAUUUGCAGCGUGCAUGACCUUUGAUGACCCCCCCCCCCCCGUCAUCAAAAUUUUGUACUUUUUUGGUUUUCUUUAAAGGUAUCCCAAAGCUUUCGACUCUUGCAAACGGUUACAUCAAAUAUAGCUUAAGUAGCAAACCUACUCACUUGCAGACAUCAGUUUCUUGACUGUCUUGUUAGGUUUUUUUUGUUUGUUUUUUUUCAUCGAGUAUUUCGGAAUGAAGAGAAACAACUGGGAUCUGAAGAAAAUGCCGCGAUUUGAGAAUCCAGUUGGACUUUUCUGUAUUACGGCUACAGAUGCGAAAGCCAAGAAUGUAAGAAAGGAGCCUUGCCUCUCUAGAUGUUAAUCUUUAGUUUGAAGAUUUUAAAGCACAGUAGAGGUUUUAAUUAAUGGACGACUUGAUCCGGUGCUCCUCCGCUCUGCUCGUGUCACACCACAUGCUUUCAAAGGCUUGUUUGACUUUCGCUGGAGCUUCAUUUCUUUUCUUUUUUUUUCCUCCCUCCUCCGUAACUCAACUUUUUUUUUUUUUUUUUUUUUUCGGGUUAAAGCUAGCACUUUCUAUUUAUUUAUACCUGUUUUUAUGAUUUGUUUGAGCCUUGACACGGAUCAUGCCACCUUCAUGCCUCUACUUUUACCCUCUAUGUAAAGAAAUGUACAUUAAUUUCUUUUUUUUUUGCGUUAACUUUCAUAAUGAUUCUAUGACAUGGGCAGACUUUUUUUUUUAUGUAAAUUUAGAUUACAAUAAAUAUGGCACACAUCUUUUGAUGGAAGUGAAAACCUCCA